AUGACCGCCAUGUUUGUAACGCUGUUGAACCAAAGUGAAAUAUAGUUGAGUUCCUAUCACUGUUGUAUUCCCUGCCCCCCACAUUUUUGGUGCCGGGAGCAGGAUGGAAGAAUUACCGAAACUACUAGCCUCUAGAAGAGCACACAAGGCGUAUUUAACCAAGUUAAGACACAAAAUCGACAAGACUGCAAAAGGCACAAUUACCCACAAUGAGAUUGCUCUACUCAAGUCGCUCGUCGACCUGAAUCUGAUUACACCGCCGCCAGUGAGUACAUUCCACACUAGUCAUUUACCUAAACUUGUAUUGCCAUCGUUUGAUGGCAACCCGCUUGAAUAGCAAUCGUUUUGGGACGCUUUCCGGUCUGCAGUACACGAUAACUCUUCAAUCAGUGAUGUUCAAAAGUUCAAUUAUUUGAGAGCACAGUUACGCGACGGAGCUGAUAGAGUCAUUGGCGGGUUGCCAUUAACCAGUGCUAAUUAUGCUAAGAGUACCCAGUUAUUGAGAGAUACAUUCAACCCCACAAGAUCAUCAAUGCACACAUGGAGGCACUGCUCAUCCUUCCAUCACCCACUGACCAUUUAAGUAGUUUGAGGCUUUUCUACGACUCAGUUGAGACACACAUCAGGGGACUUGAAUCACUACGGAAGAAAACAGAAACAUAUGGAGAUAUUCUUGGCCCCAUCAUUCAGAAAUUACCUAAUGGAAUUAAGAGGAAUCUAGCAAGACAAAAUGGAAGGAGUGGCAGCUUGAUAAUUUGCGCAAGGCAAUCUUGAAUGAAAUUGAAAUCUUAGAAGCAGGUCAGAACAGUUCUAGUGAUUAUGAACUCAGUAGCAACUCAACAACUGCUGCUACUGCUGCAUUUCUCACAACUUCAAAGCCACAUACACCUGUUCUCCCUCCUCCCACUGAUCAGCACCCACCAAGCGAACAUGCCUUUUCUGUAAGGGCAAACAUUGCCCAAAUGAUUGCAAUGUCAUGACAGAUAAGGGAAAGAGAUACUCCAUUGUAGGUGAUGCAAUCGUCAUUCAGUAUCCAAAUGCAAGUCACUGAACCGAAGCAAGGUAUGCCACCGAAAGCAUAAUACCAGUCUUUGUCAAAAUGUAGAACCACCUCCAGUGUCAUCCACUGAACCAGCAACUACAAACAAGAUUUCAGGCGCACACAUCACAGACAAGACUGUAGCACGUUCAGUCUCAGCCUACCACAUUGGUGAUUCUGACAGACACACGCCUGUUCCGCUGAAAACAGCUGUUCCUUCUGUUAGAAGUCACAACAACCACAUCAGUGCGCACAUUCUAUUCGACGAAGGCUCUCAAUGCUCCUUCAUUAAAUCAGAUGUAGCGACCAAGCUUGAUCUGAAACCAGAAAAGCAAGAGACAAUAUCUCUGUCAACUUUUGGUGGGAACACAUCAUCUGUUAAACGCAUUGACACUGCUACCAUUUAUCUCGAAACUGCUCAAGAGGAGACCAUGCCCAUUCCCAUGAUCAAUUGUGCCAACAAUAGCUGCACCGCUCACUACUUACACUGGAGCCAACGUACGGGACUUGCCACAUCUAAAGGGACUGUUAUUAGCACAAAUUAAAGUUGAUGAUUAACCUUUCACGGUUGAUAUUCUAAUCCGUGCUGAUCAUUAUUGGGACAUUGUGGAAAGCGAAGUUAUCAAGGGUCCAGGUCCCACAGCAGCCAAAUUAAAGAUAGGGUACCUCCUCUCGGGCCCCCUCUCUAACAGUAACCAAUCAGAGAACCUCAACACUUCUAUUUUAAAUGUUGUGACUAAGCAUCAUCAAGAACAAUUUGAUUUGGAAUGUUUCUGGCGAAUUAAAUCAGUUGGUGUUCAGCCAAACUCCUCAGAAGAAAUGUCAGAUGCCUCUCUGAAGUAUUCUCAAGACUCGUCUAUCAUCUUGGAGGAUGGCCGGUAUGUAAAUGUAAAUGUAAAUGUAAAUGUAAUUUGUUUACCCACGGAGCACCAAGGAGUUUACAGAACUCGUUCAGAAAUGUCCGUGCAUUCAAGGAUCUCAUUAGAAUUUGAGAAAUGUUGGUUUUUGAGGAGAGGGGAAAACCGGAGUACCUGGAGAAAAACCUCUUGGAGCAGAGAAGAGAACCAACAACAAACUCAACCCACAUUUGACGCCGGGUCCGUGAAUUGAACCCGGGACACAUUGGUGGGAGGCGAGCGCUCUCACCACUGCGCCAUCCCUGCUCCAGGUACAGUGCAAAGUUACCAUGGCAACCAGAGCGUCCCCCUCUACCAUCAAAUGCAGAAAUCACUAAGCACAGAACCUGCUCCAUGAUCAGAAAACUGACUGCAGAUCCUGAGAACCUACGCAUGUACAAUGACAUCAUCCAAGAACAACAGUCUCGAGGCUUUAUUGAAAGGGUGAACAAUCCAGAUAUGACCAACAGAGUGUGUCAUUACAUACCUCAUCAUGCUGUCCUCAAGGACUCUACCACAACUCCCCUACACAUUGUGUACGACUGCAGCUUCAAACAAGGUGAACAACCCAGCUUGAAUGAUUGCUUACAGCCAGGCCCUCCACUUCUCAAUGACCUUAAUGGCAUACUUCUACCCUUCCGUCUCCACAAGUAUGCCAUAACUACAGACAUUGAAAAGGCAUUUUUACAUGUAAACCUAGACCAAGCCAAUCGAGAUGCCAUGCAAUUCUACUGGCUAUCUAAUACAGGUGACCCAGAGAGUGAACUCAUUGUGUACGGAUUCAAGUCUGUUAUGUUUGGUGCCACAAGUUCCCCCUUCAUCUUAAACGUCAUCCUCAACAAGCACCUCAUGCAGUCUACAGACCAAGUCAGCAUGGAUAUGCUUAGGAAUCUGUACAUGGACGACCUCACCUCAGGAAAAAGCGAUGAUAGUUCAGCAGUCAACUAUUACCAAGAUGCCAGGAACAAGAUGUCACCAGUGGGCUUCACCCUCAGGUCAUGGAGUUCAAACAGUCCUGGUGUUCAAUGUCUUGCAGCCAAGGAUCAAGUCCUUGACACCAGCCCAACUAGGAAGGUGCUUGGCAUGCUUUGGAACAUAACUUCAGACACAUUACGAUUCUCAUGCAAACAAGCAACCUCUACCCCUUCCUGGUCAACCAAGAGAGAGGUCUUUCAAGAAACAGCAAAGGUCUUUGAUCCACUUGGCUUACUUCAACCAGUCACCGCUGCUGCUAAGAUUCUAAUACAAGAACGGUGGAAGGAAGGGAUUGACUGGGACGACCUUCUUCCACCUUCUCUUGAUCAAAAAUGGCAUGCUGUAGCAAAGGAGAUAGGAGAUGCAACCAAACUUGAGUUCCCGCGUCGCUACUUCACUUCUGAUGUCUCUGUCGAUAGCAGUGGUACAGAACUACAUGUUUUUGCUGAUGCAAGCCAAAAGGCUUAUGGAGCCGCUGCUUACUUUGUACGUGAAAACCAGUCGUCGCUAGCCAUGGCAAAGUCGCAUGUUGCUCCAACAAAGAAGAAACUCACCCUUCCAGAGCUGGAACUUAUGGCAGCUUUAACAGCUGCAUGUUUAGCUUCAUAUCUUCAUGAACAAGUACAAGUUACAAGAGUCACAUUGUGGUCUGACAACCAAAUUGUACUUCAUUGGCUCAAUAGCACCAAGUUGCUGAAGCCGUUCAUCAACACUUGCAUCCAAGAAGUAAAGAAGCUGACAUCUAUUCCCAACUGGAAGUACUGCCCUACAGCUGAAAACCCCUCCGAUCUUCUCACAAGAGGGAUAACAGCACAUCAACUGAAGAAUUCUUCACUGUGGAAACAUGGUCCCAUAUGGUUGCCAAACAGAUCCCAGUGGCCCUCGUGGCCUACAACAGAGGUUCUCCACUUAUCAGCCACUGAAAGCUCUACUGAUGGGCCUUCCGCAGACAGCACAGUUCCUGUUCAACAACAAGGCCUUCAUCGCCUGAUCAAUCCAUCAGAUUUCAGCAGUUUGCCAACGCUUCUCCGUGUUACAGCCUAUGUUUUCAGAUUUGUACAGCUUCUCCAGAAGAAAGUCAGCCAACAAGGUCCAGUUACAGCUAUGGAAUAUGAUCAAGCCAUGACAGAAUGGGUGAAGAAUCCUCAAUCUGUUGUCUUUCAUGCUGAAGUUGACAGCCUCCCCUCAAAGUCACGACACCGAACAACUUUGGUGUGUCAACUUUGCCUUUUCCCUGAUGACGGUGGUCUUCGACAUUGUGGCGGGAGGAUACACAACCCACCUUUAAGUGGCAAUGCCAAAUUUCCUCUGCUGCUACCAAGUAAAGACCACUUCACAGAUCUAGUAUUUCACUCCACCCAUGUCAAGCAGCUUCAUGCAGGUGUCAACUCAACACUCACCACCCUGCGUCAAAGUUACUGGGUUCCUUCUGGCCGACAACACAUCAAAACCUUAAUUGACAAAUGCGUAACCUGCAGAAGGGUUUCAGGAACAGCCUACAAUGCACCAGACCCACCACCCCUUCCCAAGUCAAGAAUGCAACAAACACAACCCUUUGAGGUCACAGGAGUGGACUACACUGGAGCUCUGUAUGUUCGAAAUGCUGGAAUUGAAACAAAGGUCUACAUGUGUCUGUUUACAACAACCAGGGCUAUUCAUCUUGAAGUUGUUGAAGACUUGACUGUUGAGGCCUUCUUACUCACCUUUCGCAGAUUUGCAAGUUGCAAAUCUGUUCCAAGGAAACUAAUAUCUGACAAUGCCUCAACAUUCGUAUCAGCGAACAAUGAACUAAAGGAACUGUUUCAAUCUCAUGCGCACAAGGAAUCACUCACUAUGGAAGGCAUUGAACGGUCACAUAUGUCUGUUUGUUUGUACAACAACCAGGGCUAUUCAUCUUGAAGUUGUUGAAGACUUGACUGUUGAGGCCUUCUUACACGCCUUUUGCAGAUUUGCAAGUCGCAAGUCUCUUCCAAGGAAACUAAUAUCUGACAAUGCCUCAACAUUUCUAUCAGCGAACAAUGAACUAAAGGAACUGUUUCAAUCUCAUGCGCUCAAGGAAUCACUCGCUAGGGAAGGCAUUGAAUGGCUAUUCAUCCCAAAGAAGGCGCCUUGGUACAGCAGGUUUUGGGAACGCCUCAUCGGUCUUACCAAGUCCACCAUUAAGAAGGUACUCGGCAGAGCUGCAGUCAACCUGUGCACUCUUCAAACAAUUGUUCUUGAAGUGGAGGCAAUUCUUAAUGAUUGCCCCCUAACCUAUGUUUCCUUCGACAUUAAGGAUGAAGAGGCAUUAACCCCCAUGCAUCUACUUUAUGGCUGACGAAUCACGUCACUACCACAUCCACUAGUAGAGAGGGACGAAGUGAGUGAUCCCACCUACCAAACAAACAUAGAUCUCCUGAGGAAGGCAAAACGUGUCACCUUACUGAUUCAACACUUUUGGCAACGUUGGCGUCACAAGUACCUCACCUCCCUCCGAGAGUUCCACAAAGGUUCAGGAAUCAACAUGGAAUCCGUGAAGGUUGGCGAUGUAGUUCUAAUCCACGAUGACAACCUGAGAGUAAACUGGAAACUAGCACUUGUCACAUCCAUUAACAGAGGUCACGAUGGACUUGUACGUUCUUUCAAUUUACGUACUGCUAAUGGAACAACAAACCGCCCCAUAACAAGAUUCCACCCUCUAGAAGUUCAAGCCAAGGAAGUACGGUGUCCCACAGAAGACGAAGCAACCACAAUAGAAACUCCCACUCCUGCGAGAAGAUCACAAAGAGAUGCAGCACAACAGGCUGAAGAAUUGCACACUGGGCUAAGGACAUUUGUGCGCCCCCGGAGGAUGUGAAAUAGUUUAAAUAGUGACUAUGAACAUUCGUUUCUAUUCGUUUAAUCUGCUAUUUGUUGAUUUUGAGUGAUUUCCGGUCAGUGGUUGUUACUGUAUUUAGUCUCGUCAUUGCAUACGUCAUUACUCGGGACAGUACUAAACACGUUUUUCGUUCCCGCUCAAAAACUCGCUCAACAUGACCGCCAUUUUUGUAACACUGUUGAACCAAAGUGAAAUAUAGUCGAGUUCCUAUCACUGUUGUAUCUCCUGCUUCCCCACACUAAGCGUUUGGAAAUUUUCAGUUCAUCAGAUUUUCAUCCCUAGGUUGAGUCGCGUUGACAGAUUGUAGAUUUGGGAAGAUUUUGGUCACAUGCUAGGCAACGAUGUUCAAGAAACAGAUAAAAUUUCAUUUCAAUCAGAUCAAAACAAUACGCUUUCACAUAGACAACAUUCACUUCUGAGUAUGUGAUAUUGAUGAUCAAUCUUCAAAGGCUUUUUAAACUUAAAGAAGAUAACUGGUGUUUAAAAAUUAAAUCUCAAGUAAAAUGUGUUUUGCUGUUAUUUCGUGUCCGUCAAGCCUCUGUAUCGCAGUGCAGUCCAAUACAGUAAAUGUUACACAGUAAAUGUUUUGUUUUCAUUAUUUUGUGUCCAUCAA